UCGAUAUCUCCAGAGCAUCAGAACCUGACCUGGAACGACCGAAUUGCACACCGAGUUGCGGAAAAUAGGGGAAAAGAGGCCUCAAGUCUAGAGGUAUUCCUCCAACAUUGGACAGAAGUCGUCGUGAAAUCUCAAAUUACACAUUCGAAAGGGCCUACCGAGGCCGUCGCUCCCAGCCACUAUGGGCAAAUACAAUUUCACAGCACUCCGAGUUCGCCAAACAGCAUUGCGACAGCAUGCGGCUGGCAAGAUUCGCGCUCCCCCAAAGUGGCUUGAUGUAGUGGCCGAUAUUCCACCUGCUCAGGUCCUUGUGCGAAACCAACCAGCUCAGCAUCAGCUCGUCCGACAGCGCGUGAAGACGCUUCCCGGUGCCUCGAAGCCGCAGGUCGUCCUCGAGGUUCAAGAGAAACGAAUCAAGCCAAAGAAGGCAAGUCGUAUGUUCUUGCCGACUGAAAUCAAAUACGAGGAAGAUCAGCUGCGACGGGAAUUCUUCCGUGAUCACCCUUGGGAACUUGCUAGACCCCGGGUCCUCGUCGAAAGCACCGGCAAGGAUUCCGAACAUUAUGACUGGAGCCGGCUCCAGCAGCCAGGGAAGAGAUUGGACGGUGAAAGUGUCGUUCAACGCCAGCUCUGGCUUUUAAACAAUGUUCCCGAUAUGACAAAGAGCGCUGCUUAUGAUAUUGCCCGUCGCGAGUUCUACCGACUACGACUACAAGAAGAUAUUGAACGACGAGUCGCCGCAGAGGAGGCGGAAGCAACGGGAGCGACCUUCGGGCCCUCUCUCCUGGAAGUUGGCAUGGAACUGGAGAACCAAGAGUACGAGCGUUGGAAGGCAUGGGCCAAGACAGAAGCGCAAUUGCUGGACCAGAGAACGGCAGCAUUUACCGGUGCUCCUGAGAUUGCCGCCGCCGAUGAUGCUGUGGAAGAGCUGGAAGAAAAGGUGCCAGUGCCGGUAUAAUACAUUUUCCCAAGAAGAGAUUAUCAGUAGCCUCAUACUCCUCGCAACCGAACUGGAGGUAUUGUUGCCUAAACACGUCAUGUAUAUUACUAGAAUUUGGUCCAUCUUUGCGCUUUCGUUUCGACCUCUUAUCUUUUUAACGUCAUCCUUACUACGCAUUGUAUGUAUUUUUCACACAUCGGCAAUAACAUAUACUCAGCCACAAUGAUCCUGUC